UAUAAAAUAAACUUUACAUGUUUUAGGUAAAUUCCAAUAAAGAAGAUUGCUGUGUUAUUUAGCAUAGAAAUAGCUUCUAAAAUUGAUUAACACAAAGGCAGUCAAAAUUAUCUGAACCUUUCAAAGAGAUUGCAUCAUCGUCAUCAUACAAAGCGAUGUUACUGUUUGUAAACUUGUACUUUCAAUUACAUUGGCAUUUGGACUCAGAGAUAUGUUUUCUUGAUUCUUGUUUGACUCAGACAACACUGGCAGAACUCUCCUUUUCAAUGGAACUGACGAUCACAAGGUCCCAUCUACCUCCAGAGCCCUGUUAGAUGGGGAUCUUUUCCGAGUGGUUGGGCGUGCUAUGGGACAUUCCUUCAUUCACGGAGGUCCUUGCUUCACUGGACUGAGCCCAUCAAUGACACAGAUGAUUGUUGGAAGUGAUGAGGGGUGUGCUGUCAUGGAGCUUUCAGACUGCCCGGAUACAGAUGUUGUUGAUGUAGUAUCUCUAGUAAGUAUUUGUUGAAGCAGCUUUUCUGCCUUGUUUUGACACAGCUGUUUUUAUUUUCUAUCAUGCAAAUGUUUACUUUGUAUUGCACACAGCAAGCAAAAACUGUAUAACUGAUGUAAAAUUGUCUUGGUCUAUUAAUUGUAGCUUGAGAGUGAGAAGGAACUUACUCCAGAGGAGAAAUGUGAAGUUAACAACUUGGCUGUCAGCUGGGAUCUUCCUCUCAUGACUGACAACAACAGGAGGUGGUUAGCUGAGAAACUGCUACAUCAUGCGGUAUGAAAAUUAAAAUUAAGUACAUGUUUUUUUUGUUUUUUUUUACAAUUAUUUUUGUAGCAACAAACGGAUACUUUGCAAACUCUUCAUCAUUGUAGAUCAUUGCAAGGAGACGAACACAAAUUAAACAAAUAUGGAAAGGGUUAAAGGACAGUGGUGUUUUCUGCAUGAUUAAAGAGCGGCCUGCCCUGGCAUCAAUCCUUUUCCCAAGAUCUGAAGACCAAAUUAUGUAUUCAGAGACUAUCUUAAAAAGGAUCAUCUGGCCAAUGCCUGACAGUGAGGAUGAGGAUGAUCACUGCAGCAUGGAGGAGGCAUGCCUUGUCACAGGCUUUUUGAGAAACUACAUAGAAAAUGGGUCUUCUCAGGAACUACAGCAACUCCUGAAAUUUUGGACAGGAUGGUGCAUACCCCCCCAGCAGCUGUAUGUAGAAGUUUCUCCUGACAUUGGCAUGCCUGUAGCCUCAACCUGCAUGACAACACUGAAACUGCCUCAGAAGUGUCCAACUUAUCAAGCAUUCAAAGACAACCUUGAGGCAGCUGUUAAAAGUACAUGUUUUGGA